AUGCCAGCCACAACCGCAGAGACGCUGUCGCUAGUGACGCGCAACGUCUCAGUUGCCCCGCUAGUGCUACUCUCCGUCGUCGACCACUACAACCGCACAGAAGCCUUCAAGAGCAAAACCAAGCGGGUCGUGGGUGUGCUGUUAGGACAGAACGAUGGCAAGAAUGUGCGAGUGUCAAACAGUUUUGCGGUUCCCUUCGAGGAGGACGACAAGGAUCCCUCAGUCUGGUUCCUAGAUCAUAAUUACGUCGAAUCCAUGAACGAAAUGUUCAAGAAAGUCAAUGCGCGCGAGAAACUAAUAGGGUGGUACCACUCGGGUCCCAAGCUACGGGCCUCUGAUCUCGAGAUCAACGAGCUCUUCAAGCGCUACACGCCCAACCCGCUUUUGGUCAUCAUUGACGUUCAACCGAAGGAGUCUGGCGUUCCCACAGAUGCGUAUUUUGCGGUGGAGGAGAUUAAGGAUGACGGAACCACCACAUCCAAGACUUUCGUGCACACACCGACAAUUAUCGAGGCCGAGGAAGCCGAAGAAAUUGGUGUCGAGCACCUCCUGCGCGACAUCCGAGACGUAGCGGUCGGCACUCUUUCCACGCGUGUCACCAACCAGCUCCAGUCACUCCAAGGCCUUCACCUUCGCCUGCGCGACAUCCAAGCAUACCUGCAGAAAGUUCUCGACGGACAGCUCCCGGUCAACCACGCAAUUCUGGGGAAUCUCCAGGACGUCUUCAACCUGCUACCGAAUCUCUCCACACCCAAGUCUGGCGCUGCGGCGAACGGGGCUAAAGGCGACACUGAGCUCAACUACGCGAUGAGUGUCAAGUCCAACGACCAGCUUAUGGCGAUCUACCUGAGCAGUCUCAUCCGAGCGAUCACCGCCUUCCACGACCUCAUCGAGAACAAGAUCCAAAACCGGCAGCAACAGGAGGAGAAGGAGGCAGCCAAGAAGGAGGGCGAGAAUGGCGCCAAGGAAGGCGAGAAGAAGGAAGGCAGCCCAGCCAGCGGCGAUUCUAAGGAGAGUGGCGGAGACAAGGAAAAGGAAGGGUCCAAGGACAAGAAGAAAUAG